GAUUGCAUUGCCUCCCUGCCUGGCUACAUUUGACUUGCUUCCAUCCAUUCGAUCCACUCAACUCAAGGAAGAUCUACUGCACUCCCGCCCAUACUAGCCGAGGUUCGUUGGGUAGGAUAAGAUCAUCGAUGGAGGAUGUGUGGAAGGACAUGUCGCUGUGCUCCACCCCGCUCGCGCUACAGUCCUACCACCUCCACUCCCCGGCCGCCGCUCCCUACCGCGGCGCCGCUGUCUACCCCCAGGACUACCUGGCCGGCGCGGUUCCGCAACCGCCCCGCACGCCGCCGCCGGCUCACACGGCGCUCACCCUGGAGUUCACCUGCCCCGGGGGGACCAGCGCUGCCAACACGGCCACCAGCUCCGGCGACGACCCAGCCGGCUGCCACUUUGGCUUCUCCGCGUCCGGAGGCGGCAGCAGGAGGGCCGUGGUCCAGCCGGCGGUGGGCGGCGACCGGCGGCAGCGCCGGAUGGUCAAGAACCGGGAGUCGGCGGCGCGGUCGCGGGCGCGGAAGCAGGCCCACACCAACGAGAUGGAGCUGGAGCUGGAGCAGCUGCGCCGGGAGAACAGGAUGCUUAUCCAGCGCGAGCAGGACUUCAUCAACGAUCGCUUGGCGAAGGCGGCGCAGGUAGCCGUCCCGGACUGCAGCAGCAGCAGCAGCAGCUGGAGGAGGAACACUAGUAGCAGUACCCUCCAGCAGCCGCAGAGGUGCCGCUCCGCCCCUGCACCAUGAUCGUCGCGGCGGCCAUCGACUCUAGCAGCGGCAGCUUCAUUCCACUUACUAGUACAACGGAUUGAUUGUCCAAGCUAGCUAGAUGACUUGAUUAGCAUUGUACUACGCGUUAACCAAGUACUAUGUAUGUAAUCUAGCAGUAGCCUACUUCCUUGCAAAAUUAAGCAAGCAUGUAGCUCGACGAUGGAUGGAAGUUAAGCUAAGCUAGUACUCAACUACUGUACUAGUUGCACUAUACUACUUGGCGUCUGUCUCCUUAAAGAGCAAUACUGAGGCCGGAGAGAGGAAUGGAUCAAUUGUGCCAGCUGCGCAUAUUAACGGCUUUUCCAUCACAAGCCUACUUGAGUGGGGAUCGAGUGGCCGAAUGGCCUGAGAGAAAGAUACUAGUAGAUGAAUGACGAAUGCAUGCAUGAUAAGAUGGAUUUUAUUCAGGC